CAAGGCGUUUGGCCAAUGAGAAGCGGCUGGGCUGUGUGGCGGGUGAAUGCGCGCGGGUUGGAAGGCGCGGGAGCGUUGGUGGCGGUGACUGAGGCGGCGCUGAGGUGUGCAGGUGCUGACAUGGCUGCUGUGAGCUCACAGAAGAGGAGCCAGAGCCCCGCAGAGACGGCUUUUGAGACUCCUGUGAAGAGAAGGGAGCUGGGUUUUGCCGAAAGCCUCAAGAAAUCAAGAAUUCGCUGGUUCUCUUCUGAGAUCAAAUGGUCACCUGGCUCCAGCGACGAGGAAAGUGGAGCUGUCUCUGUGAAGCCAGCACCAGUGAGGAGGUUGGAUGUGUCCCCGUUGCAGGCUGCCAGCAUCCCCACUGCUGCAAGCAGGGAGUUAUCCCCCCAGUUAUCCCCUAAGCCGGCUGCUUCGUACCAGCCCAUCGUGCCUGUGCUGUCCUUUUAUAGCAAGGAGAAGCGAUACCUUAGUAUUAUAGAGAGGAAACAGCUGAGUGAGAAUGGAGCUUCUGGGGAGAUAAGCAGUUGUAAGAGUCCCUUGGCUGCCAGCAGGACUGAGAAGGUUAAUGUGAAUGUCAGCAGGAACACGAGUUCGAAGCCAGCCAAGCCUGUGGCCAAUUCCAAGCACGGCAAAACUGCCCCCAAGCCCCUUAAGAAGGUAAAAGCUGACGUACCCCCAAAAAAACCAAGCGUGGGGAAAGAGAAUACUCCUUGUUUAAUUAAGAAGAAAAUGGAUUCACCCUUCAGAGUCCUCAGCAUGACAGUGAAGCCAGCUCUGAAGCUUCAGUUGGGAGCAGCCUUCUUUUCUGCCAGCAAGAAGUCACACAAGAAACAACCCUUAGACCUCAAGCCUGUCCAGAGUCCCCCUAGCUCUCGUUCAGCUGAUGCCAACAAAAGCCUCGAUGCGGGUGGUGCAAUGAGAAGUACUAAUGUGCCUCAGAAGAGAGAAAACAACAACGUUGAGAACUCCCAGAGCUGUGUAAAUCAAGAGAGGAAUACUGCACAUGAAGGGAAGACGUCUCAGCAGCAAAGUGCAGGCAGCCCUGGUGUUGCCUCUCAGCCUUCUGAGGCUGCAGAGUGCAGCCAUGCAGGGAGCACGGAUGAUGGUGGGAUUAGUCCUUCCACAACCUGCGAGUCAGACGAUUGCAUUCCUUCCAGCCAAUCUCCAAGCAAAGGCAGUAAGAAGGCAUCUUCGAAUGCCCUUGUCUACCCCAUAUUCAGUGGGCCCCCUACCAGCAAGAAGAGGGCGUUGGAUGAACUGAGUUCUCCCUUUGGAUCCAGUCCGCCUGCAAAAUUGCCUCACGGUGUGCAGAAAAGCAAGAAAGCAAGAGAGCUGUGCAAGCAAUCCAGCGAUCAGAUGAUCAUUGACGCCGGACAGAAGCAUUUUGGUACCAUCGCCUGCAAAUCAUGUGGCAUGAUAUACACAGCUGCCAGCCCUGAGGAUGAAGCCCAGCACAUCCAAUACCACGAGAGAUUCCUCGAGUGCCUCAGAUACGUGUGUUGGAAGAAAGAACGGGUUGUGGCAGAGUUCUGGGAUGGGAAAAUCGUAUUGAUUCUUCCAGAUGACCCAAAAUAUGCAGUCAAGAAGGCAGAAGAUGUGCGAGAGAUUGUAGAUAAUGAACUGGGCUUCAAGCAAGUUGCCUUGAGUUGCCCGGCCAAGACUAAAACCUACUUGUUUGUGUCUAACGAGAAGAUGAUUGUUGGGUGCCUGGUGGCUGAAUCAAUCAAACAGGCCUUCAGGGUGCUGGCUGAGCCCAGCACUACGCAGAGCCCUGGGCAGGAUGCCCUGCAGCAGCACCGAGCAUGGCGCUGCUCCACAGAACCAGAGCCUGCAGUGUGUGGUGUCAGCAGGAUCUGGGUGUUCGGCCCCACGCGCAGGAGGGGCAUCGCACGGCGCUUGGUGGACGUGGUCAGGAGCACAUUCAUGUAUGGCAGCUACCUGAGCACCGAGGACAUCGCCUUCUCUGACCCCACACCGGAUGGCAAACAGUUUGCAGCCGAGUAUUGCCAAACACCCACCUUCCUUGUCUACAACUUUGUUUAUGGCAACUGACUGCACUGGAUUAACCACGAGUUGUGAGUAGUUCCAAUCAGCUUCCAAUGACUGUGUUGCUUUACAAGUAACGCUUUUCAUGUUUAAGGGUCUGGUGAACUCUGGUUUCUUGCUGAGCACUCGCUCCUUCCUGCUCUUUGUGGGAAGGCAUCACCUUUUAUACGGUGGUGGUGGUGGAUGCUGUGAAUGCAAGGAAGCUUGCUUGGAUUGCAGAUAGUUCGCUUUCUAAAUCUGAAGUUUUAUGAGAUAACUUAAUUUCUUGAAGAGUUUGAAUUCAUUAAUAUAAAGCUAAUUGUUUCUCCCUCCCCCCUCCCCCUUGGUAUUCGGGUGUUUGAGUUCUCCAUGCACUUGCUAUGGAAAACCAUCCUGAUGUGCACUGUUGUAAGAAAGCUGCUUGGAACUGGCUGCUGAAUGUAAAGGGCUGGGGCAGAGGUGGGAAUCCAUCCCUAAAUUUGUGCUGAUGUGUUACAAUGAGAAGAACACGGGGCAGGAUUUUCCCUCAGCCUCCAGUGCCCGAGGUCUGGAACCUUUGCAGUGUUGUGCUGCUGUGAUUUGCUCGUUCAAUAAUAAAGUGUUCAAAAUGGU